UUCUUUUGUUCCUUUUCCAGGAACUAAUUAAACAAACGUGGUACAGAAAUUCUCUUGCUCCAGCCACAGCGGCACAACCAAAUCGCCCCCAGGAAAAAUUCCUUGUUCUCUUGCACAUUGGAAUGAUCAGGUAUGGAUAAGCGGAGGCGGAAGCGAGCCAAGACUAACUGUUGCAGUCAUGAAGAGGUGAGCAGUGUUGAGUGGAAGUUCAUAAACAUGACGGAACAGGAAGAGGAUCUCAUUUACAGAAUGUACAAGCUCGUCGGAGACAGGUGGGGGUUGAUAGCCGGCCGGAUUCCAGGUAGGAAGCCCGAGGAGAUCGAGAGGUUUUGGAUGAUGAGACACCAUGAACUCUUCGCCAACACCAGGAACGAGACGGAAAACCCGAACGUCAUCUUCGCAUCUCUCCAAAACCACAUUACUGCUCCUGAAAAUUAGCUGCUCUCUCUCUCUCUCUCGUUUCUUAGUCUUCAUUGUGAAACUUUUUAUGGAUUUUUUCGAUUGAGUUGUGUGAUCUUCAUCUGAUGAACGUGACGAUGUACGUCGGUGUGUGAGGAGCUUGGCUUAUUAUAUGCGACUCUCUGUGUCCUUUUUCGGCAAAGUGAGGGUCAAAGUCCAAACAAGGACAGCAAUGGAGGCCAGAGGGAAUUUUCAUUGAAGGAGCUUUAGGAAUGACGUCUCGAAUGUACUCUUUGUCAUCAUUUACGGGUCGGACGGAUCGUGCGUUUUACAUGGACAUCAAGUCGAACAUCGAUUGCAGGCGCAUGCAACCGACGUUUAUGUAUGAUACACCUAACAUCAUCAUUGCACCUAAGCCCAGGUCCCAAGAACUAGAGCAUACGAUAUUUUUCUUGGCUUUCGAAAAUUUUGAAAUGUUCAAUGGUGUUUUCCGGUUAUAAUGAUAAAA